AUGGAAGACCCGAAUCCGUUAAUCCGAGCCCUAGCACUACGAACAGUCUCGUACAUCCAUGUUCGUGAGUUCGUUGAAGGGACUGUGGGUCCUCUGAAAAGGCUCAUGGGUGAUCAAGAUCCAUAUGUUCGCAAGACUGCUGCCAUUACUGUCGCCAAGAUCUACGACCAUGAUAAGCGCCUGGUCGAAGGAUCGGAUCUGAUCGAUAGACUGAACAGAAUGUUGAAGGAUGACAACCCGACCGUUGUCGCCAGUGCCCUUGCUUCCCUCAAGGACAUUUGGGAGAGGAACGAGAACAUCAGACUCACAAUUGAUUAUUCAAGCGCAUCCAAAAUCAUUUCCAUCCUUCCGGAUUGCAAUGAAUGGUCACAGACAUACAUUCUAGAGUCUCUGAUGUCUUACGUGCCUCAGGAAUCCGGAGAGGCACUUCUAUUGGCCGAAAGGAUUGCUUCACGUCUCUCACACUCAAACUCCGCUGUUGUGCUUACUUGCAUACGCGUCAUCAUGUACUUGAUGAACUACAUUGCAGAUGCAAAGAAGAUUGAUGAAUUAUCACGCAAACUGUCGCCACCUCUUGUCACAUUACUUGCAAAACCACCCGAGAUACAAUAUCUCGCUUUACGAAAUGCUAUUCUGAUACUGCAACAACGUCCCGAGGUGCUUCAGAAUGACAUUCGCGUCUUCUUCUGCAAGUACAAUGAUCCGAUCUACGUCAAGGUGACGAAACUGGAGCUGAUAUUCAUGUUGGCCAACAAGAACAAUAUAUCUGUGGUUCUGAACGAGCUCAGAGAAUAUGCAACCGAGAUUGAUGUCCAAUUCGUGCGCAAAGCUGUGCGCGCAAUAGGCAAACUCGCCAUCAAGAUUGAACCGGCUGCUCGUCAAUGUAUCGACACACUUCUGGAAUUGGUGAAUGCCAAAAUACCCUACAUUGUUCAAGAAGCAACAGUUGUCAUCAAAAACAUCUUUCGUAAAUAUCCUAAUCAAUACGAGUCGGUUAUUUCUACUGUGAUUGGUCAAAUAGACGACCUCGAUGAACCUGAAGCCAAGGCUGCGAUCGUCUGGAUCAUUGGAGAGUACGCGGAUCGAAUUGACAAUGCCGAUUCUCUUCUGCAAGACUACCUCGCAACUUUCCAUGACGAGCCAAUUGAGGUGCAGCUUUCGCUCCUCACCGCAACGGUCAAACUGUUCCUGCACCGUCCCACCAAAGGAUCGUCAAUCGUGCCCCAAGUGUUGAAGUGGUGCACCGAAGAAGUUGAUGAUCCUGACCUAAGGGAUAGAGGUUUCAUGUACUGGCGACUACUUUCUGCAGACCCUGUCACUGCAAAGAAAGUUGUAAUGGGAACAAAGCCGCCAAUCUCUGCGGAAAGUGAGAAACUCGACCCUGCCACCCUCGAAGAGUUGUGCCUGGGGAUAGGCACUUUGGCGACUAUCUACCUCAAACCGGUACAACAAGUGUUCCGUACCGCACGAACGCGUCGACUGCAAGACUCACCAGCGCUACAAAAGAAGAAAGAAGACAUGAACAAUGUGCUCGGCUCGCCGAUGAACCUUGCCAACCCACUGUUUCUCAAUACGACCGUUACGACCCCUGGCGGCACGCCGCUUCCUGGCCACCAGGCAGCCAUUGCAGCGGCGGAUGACUAUUUCAAGAACCUGAGCCUAAGUGACAACAGCGGUGGCGAUAUACUCACCAGCCCAACAAACAAUCUGAGUGGCAAUCCAUACGUCGUGAACCAGAAUGCUCCACAGCAGGCUUACCAUCCUCAGGCAGGAGUGGCACAUAAUGGGGAUUUGUUGCUUUGA